AUGGCUGCAGCCACCUCAACUGAAGGGGACAUGCAGGGCAUGAGGGAGCAAUUGCAGCCUGACACCGCCUUCACCGCCCCCGCCACCGCUCCCGUCACCGCCAUCGUAACCCUGCCUACUGUAGAGCAGCUUCUCAGCAGUAUUCCUGACAAUUACGUCUACCUCGACUACACCGCCGCCGCGGCCGCUGAGCCCUGUAACAACAAUGACGAAGAGGUCUACAGCGAUGACGACGAGGACAGCGAUGACGAUGACGACGAGUAUGAGUAUCUCUUCCCAUUCUACGAGACUCCUCCGGCCGUAUUCAAGGCUUGCCGUCGCGCAUUCAUUAUUGUUACUCGCGCUAUAAGAAGGAAUGGACUUGCCCGCAAAAACCCCGAGUGGUUUAAGAGCUGGGAGGAGAGCAUCUCCGAUGCCAAGGAAAACGAUUACUAUCCCGAAUUGAGUUUUGGCACUCAGACCAUCUGCUGGCUCGGAAUGCAGUUGGCCGGCGGCAGUCUCGAUAUCCUGAAGGAUCACAUCGAGGGCUGGCGUGUUAAGCCUUUUGGUCACUAUAUGUUGGCCGAUAUCUUGGCCGCUAACGCCGCCAAUUCCCGUCGCCGUCCUGUUCGUGCCGUCCGUGUUCGCCGUGCUCGCCGUAUGGCAGCUCGCCGUGCUGGGUUUUAG